CAUGCUUGUGGUGGUGGUUUUGUAUUUGUUGUAUUCGAAAAUUAAUCAAUAAAUUAAUGUUUUAAUAAAUUAAAUUACAGUGAAAAAUAAAAAUGGAAUAUAAUUUAGGUUUCAUUGGGGGAGGUAACAUGUCUACCAUUAUUUUUAAGGGUAUUUUGAGGAACGACACUCAUCCAGCGUCACAGACAUGGGUAUCAGGUCCUCAUCCAGAAAACCUGGAACAUUGGAAAAAAAUGGGUGCAAACGUCACCUGUAGCAAUGGGGAGGUGUUUGAAAAAUGUGAUAUAGUUUUUCUAGGUGUAAAACCAGCUAUGCUUCACGAAGCUCUCAAAGAUGUUGGUGAUAGCUUAUCUCGUAGAUUUGUAGACAAUCCAAAUCUGCUAGUAAUUUCUAUGCUAGCUGGAGUUAAUUUGGAUAGUCUUCAGAAGGCAUUCUCAGCUCUAAAUCUACAAAAAGAUGUCAAGAAUUUCAUAAAGAUUGUCCGCAUUAUGCCUAAUGUUCCUAUGGCAGUGGGCUCAGGAAUCAGUUUAUACUCUUACAACCAUCUUAAGGGAAAACAAAAGAGCGAAUUGGUCAGGCUGUUGCAAUGUUGUGGUAGCUGUGAAGAAAUACCAGAGUAUUUGAUGGACUCCUUAGGGUCACUGACUGGCUGUGGUCCAGCCUAUAUUUUCGUAAUCAUUGAAGCAUUAGCCGAUGGUGCGGUCAAACAGGGUGUCCCCCGAGCGAUGGCUCUCCGCAACGCCGCACAGAUGGUAAUGGGCAGUGCUGCUUUGGUGCUCGAAUCCAACAAGCACCCAGCUCAACUGAAAGACGAAGUGUGCUCUCCUGGUGGAUCUACUAUAUGCGGCGUCAGUGUACUGGAGGAGGGUAGAUUGAGGUCUACACUGAUAAACGCAUUGGAAGCAUCUACUAAUAGGACAAAGAAACUGGAUCCUAAUGCAGCUAAUUCCAAAUAGUUUAUAAUUCAAGCUAAUGGUAUUAAUAACAUAGAAUUCAUAUCUGUAGGUAAUUGAAAGCCAGAAAAAGCUUUGGUGUUAAAAAUAGUUAUCAAAACAAUCAGCCACACACAUUAGUUUGAAAAGUAACUAUCAAAAAGUUAUGGUUAUUUUUUAGUUAUACCCCAUUAUGCUUGAGAUUUUAUUACUAUGGUACAAAUAACUAUUUACUUAUUUAAAACAUUUUAGAACAUAUAAUAAUGCUGUACAAAAGGCGAAAUUAUACUUAUUUGGCAUAAUUCUAUUUAUCCAUAUCCCCUGGGCCUCACACAUCGCAAUAACCCGAAUAUUCGCGCUAUUUCAAUGUGUGAGUAGGUAUUCGCGUAUACUGUUUUGCAGUCGCAGGACUUCGCUCCGUUGUCAAAUCAAUGUAGCCCGAAUGUAAACGCGAUGUGUCCACAGGGGUAAAAAACAUUAUUGUAUCAUCACUUCUUGAUGUGGUGUUUACAGUAAAUGACCAGUGCAAUCAGUAUUAACUUCUUCGUUUAAAAGGGAAGGAUCUGUAUUAUUGAUUUAUUUAAUAUCUCAUGUAUUAUUCCAAUUAGUCAUAUUUAAUGUAACUGCACGUAUUAGAUACGGGUCUGUAUGUAAGGCUCUCUAUAGAAUCUCUUAUUUGUUAUACUCUAACUUGCGUGUUGUCUUUUGUGUUGUUUUAUCCUAUACUCGUACAUACGUCGAGAUUGUGUCCUCUAUUUUUAUUGUUAUCUUGAUCUGAGAUCGUCUUUUUAAUUUAAGCUUAAAAAACUUUGUUAUUAAGCAUAAUUAUUUUGAUUAUGCACGA